UAGACAACCAGGCGAGGCAGAUUCGAGACCUAAUGGAGACCAUCAAGGAACAGACAGCCAAAAUUGAUAGCCUUACCGCCCAGAGAAGCUCCAGUAUCAUGUUAACAAAACAAGCACCCACUGAGAUUCAAAGGAACAAUGCUGACUUAUGGAAUAAUGCAACAAAAACAAGAACUGGAGAUACAUACAUUCACUUGCUAUUUAUGGGCUUCAUAUUAUUUAGGAGAAUAGAAUUCAGUGUCAUCCGUUGAUAAUCACAAAAGGA